AUGGCAACUUUCACGCUGAACACAGGAGCUAAGAUCCCGGCCGUCGGCCUCGGAACAUGGCAGUCUCCUCCGGGAGAGGUCAAGGCUGCUGUAGCACACGCGCUGAAGUCGGGAUACAGACACAUCGAUGCUGCUUUCGUGUAUGGCAAUGAAAAAGAAGUUGGCGAGGGUCUUAAAGAGGCAUUUGACUCCGGUAUCAAGCGUGAGGAAGUCUUCGUCACCUCCAAGCUAUGGUGUACAUACCAUCGCGAGCCAGAGAAGUGCUUGGACGAGGGCCUGAAGCGAUUGGGCUUGGAGUAUGUCGACCUCUAUCUCAUGCACUGGCCCGCACCUAUGAACCCAGAUGGCAAUGAUCCGCUUGCGCCUAAGAAGCCCGAUGGCUCCAGAGACAUGGACACGGAGUGGUCUCACGUACAGACCUGGAAGGAGCUCGAGAAGUUGCUCAAGACCGGAAAGACCAAGGCUAUUGGUGUGUCCAACUACAGCGUCAAGUACCUUGAGGAGCUGCUUCCACAAGCUACGGUCGUGCCAGCUGCGAACCAAGUCGAAAACCACCCAAGCCUACCACAGCACGAGCUUGUUGAUUACUGCAAAUCGAAGGGAAUCUUGGUGGAGGCAUACUCGCCAUUGGGUAGCACGGGCAGUCCUCUGUUCAAGAUGGAAGGUGUACAAGAAGUGGCCAAGAAGCACGGAGUGGGAGCCGGAACCGUCUUGAUCAGCUAUCAAGUCAGUAGAGGCAACGUCGUCUUGCCUAAAUCCGUCACUCCUUCCCGCAUUGAGGAGAAUUUGAAGGUCGUCAAGCUUGAUGCCGGCGAUAUCAAAGCAUUGGACGAGAUCCACAAAGUGCAUGGAGUCACAAGAUAUGUCUUCCCGCCAUUUGGUCUCGACUUUGGAUUCCCAGACAAGCAGUAG